AUGCCGUCUCAAGAACAUGCCGCGAAGAUGGAAAAGGAAUACGAACCUAGACCGGACCCUCAGAAUCUCACGUACAACAAGGAGAAUCCACAAAACAAUGCGCCAACUCAAGUCGACUACGAACCUCAUCCAGAAAAGUCGAUUCCUCUCUCACCCACACGCCAAAAAAUCGUCAAUGCAAUCACAAGCCUCUAUUCGGGUUCAUGCAAAGAAGGCGGCACAAGCGAAGAAGACCUGAAAGUGUAUGCUCCCGAGGCAGUCUACGAUGACCCGUGGUCAUACUGUGACACGCGCUAUAAGAUUGCUGGCCAAUGGUAUGGAAUCCCAAAGAUCUUCCACUCGAAAACUUUGGCCACCGAAGUCGUGGAGAGUACGGAUGCUUCCGAAAAAGAUCAGGCCAAGCCAGGUGAGGACGGGAGGAUAGUCUUCAAGCUGCGGCAAGAGUAUACUGUCAAGGCGAUAAAAUUGAGCAAACCUGUUAACAGCCUGGUCAGCUUGACUUUGCAAAAGAUAGACGGGGAGGAGAAAGUCCGAUAUCACAAAGACAUGUGGAACCAAAAUGAUUAUUCUCACGAGGGCAUUGGUAGGUAUAUGAAGGAGUUGAAUGGUGACCAUCUUACCAAGAUCACUCGACCGCCUGAGUGGCUGAAGGAAGGGGCGGAGUCUGAGGGUGUGCCGUCCUCGUAG